GAUAGUGUGAUUCCGAUCGGUCGGGAAUCGAAGAAACUUAUUGCUGCUAAUUCCGGGGCGAUCUCUCCUAACGCCGGCCUAUCAGGCCACUGAGACUUGAGGGUGGACGAGAGGGUUCCACUCUAUACUGCGAAGUACGUCUCACCUUUCGUUAUUGACUAUGAACACAAAGAGAGAGAGAAAGAGAGAGAGUGGGGGGUACCUAGGCAGGUACUUGCAUACGGUUCCAGUACAAAGUCCUCUUUUUUUUUUAUUCACGUCACGAUUGGUGAUGAUGACAGCUUUAAAGCGUUCCGAGACAAAGGUAUACAUAGCACGGGCACAGCGGUCAUACCCUACUUACCCUAUAGCUCACGAUAAAGUUACUCAACUAUCCAGUGACCUGACAACAACACUAUCAACACAUACACACACACACACACACACACACACACACACACACACACACACACACACACACACACACACACACACACGACAGUCAACCAAAAUAUGCCUCAUCUUAACGGACAAGAAGUUGGCCAGAUCGGCUACGGCCUGAUGGGCCUUACCUGGCGCCCGCAGCCCUGUUCCGAAGAACAAGCCUUCGAGGCCAUGCGUGCUGCACUCAAGAACGGCUGUAAUUUUUGGAACGGCGGAGAAUUUUACGGAACGCCAGAGUACAACAGCAGCGUUUUACUCGAGCGCUACUUUGCCAAAUAUCCUGAGGACGCCGACAAGGUCGUGCUCAGCAUGAAGGGCGGUCUCCGCCCGGACCUGCACCCUGACGGCUCCCCAGAGGGCAUCCGUCGCUCCCUUGACAACAUCAUCGGGCAGCUCAAAGGCCGCAAGAAGGUUGAUAUCUUCGAGUGCGCGCGCCGUGACAAGAAUACGCCCCUGGAGGUCACUUUCGGUGUCAUUCAGAAGGAGUACAUUGACACCGGUAAGGUCGGCGGCAUCUGCCUCUCCGAAGUCUCGGCCGCAACUAUUCACGAGGCCGUCAAGCACGCAAAGAUUGUCGGUGUCGAGGUGGAGCUCAGUCUCUUCUCGACGGAUAUCCUCGACAACGGAGUCGCCACGGCGUGUGCUCAGUACGGCAUCCCAAUCAUCGCUUACUCGCCUGUCGGCCGCGGCAUGCUCACCGGCCAGAUCAAAACGCUGGGCGACAUUCCCCAAGGAGACAUACGCCGCCACAUGCCGCGUUUCCAACCUGACACGUUCGGCAUCAACAUUAAGCUCGCUGAACAGGUCGAGGAGCUGGCGAGGAAGAAGGGAGUCACCCCAGCGCAGCUGGCCAUCGGAUGGACGAUAGCGCUGUCGAGGCGGCUCGGCAUGCCGGAAAUCAUUCCGAUUCCUGGUGCUACGACGGCAGAGAGAGUCAAUGAGAAUGCAAACUUGGUUGAGCUUACUGACGAGGAAAUGAGCGAGAUCGACGUAACGUUGGCCAAGUUCGAAGUCGUGGGUGGUCGCUAUCCUGACGGUGCCCCUGUCAACACAUAAGUGAGAGAUGGAUAUCGGUUCAGUUUAUCUGCGGGAAUUCUUUUCCUAGUUAGCUCAGUGAUUCCGUACGUAAGGGUCGAAGUACAAAAUAGAUGAUGGUUGAGAAACAGGCUCAGUGUUGCAGUAACGCGAAGAUUUUAUCCACAGGACGGCCUUGCGGCCUUCAGCAUUGCAGAAUUCUAAUUUGUUCAUCAUAAUGCCGUGAAAGAGUAAGAGAGAAACCAGUCCAGCGACUU